AUGUUUCCUGUCGCUUUUGCGUUGCUUCCCAACAAGACCAAGCGGACGUAUGUUAGGCUUUUCACUUUGCUGAAGGAUAUUGUUGUGAGACGACUUGGCAUCGAACUUUCACCAGAAAUAUUCCAGAUCGACUAUGAAGCAGCAGUUAUCAGUGCUAUUAGUGAAGUCUUCCCCGACAGUUCCCCAGACUACAUGAACAACCCAGCAGUCCAAGCCCACGUUCGACGAGCAGCUGCUUUGCCACUCCUUCCCCUGAACCAGGUCCAAGAUGCUUGGUUUGAAGUCAUCGAGCAGUCUCCCGACGGCGACAGAGUAGCAGCCUUCAACGACUACGUCACCAGCACCUGGGUUGAAGAUGAUGCCAAGUUCCCAGCACACAUCUGGAACCAGCACGAAAACACAGGCCCGCGCUCAAACAACCAUCUUGAGGGAUUCCACUCUGGCUUGAAGAAACGCAUACCCCGAUCACACCCCAACAUCUACCAAUUCGUAAAGGAGCUCAAGAAGAUCGAGAAGGCAGACAGGCGCACAAGACGACAGUUUGGACUUGGAGGAGCAAGGAGACCACGAGCACGUGUAGACCGUGAUCGAGAUCAGAGGAUCGAGAGACUCAAGGUGCAGCUUUCCACCGGUGUGAAGUCUGUGAUGCAGUUCCUUGAUGCUGUUGGCCACAUCCUCAAGCUAAACUGA